CCUUUCCCUUUCUCGACGUUCUCACCCAAAACCCGUACGAAAAGCUUCCCAGUCCUCUUUUCCCCAGUACCUACGGCCCAGUGACACACUCCUUUACGACAGCGAGGCCCGCACAUCCAAUGGGAGUCAAGAUAGGCUUUUACCUCCCCGAGGAGGCUCACAAACCAGGCGGCUUCACCAUCUCCGAGUUUUUAUGUGGCGCCCACCCCCCUCUGUGGACACUCAAACUGAUCAUCACGUCCCUCUACCCGACCCUCAGCACCACGCCCCACGAACUGUCACUAAUAGUGCAGGGGCAGGCAUGCAUUUCACUCGCAAGCCACCUCCCUACCAGCAUUCCCAGUUCAUCACACACCGGGGAAACCAGAGUCCGCUUCAUAGUUCACGUCCCGGGCAAUCCUUUUCUGGCUCCAGCCCUUGGCGAGGCGGCGUGUCCAGAUCCAACUGCCGACGAUUUCAGUUUGACAACUACUUCUUCUAAAACUCCAUCUGUCUCUACAUCACAAAGUGGGUCCCCUAGUAGCAAGCGUCCGAAAGUCGAUACCGCCCCUUCCCCUGCCGAGCUUUCUGCCAGGAUCCAAGAGGCCUCGUUGGGAGGCAUUCCUUCUCUCAGGCGCGAAACCGAGAGAUAUGCACAGGCCACCAUGCGGGACCAGUGCCUGCUCAGAGACCAGUGUUGCGUGUUGACAGGCGACGUUUUUGUUAAGGCAUCUGAUUGCGCUCACGUCCUCCCGGUUCAGUAUGCGAAGAAAUGGUUUUACGAGAACCGAGACCGCAUUGAUCUGCACUUAUCCGCCGGCGCAUCUAAUGCGGCGUAUGACGUCAAGAAUGGAAUAAUGCUAGCAAAGACGGUCCACAAAAAACUUGAUCUCUGGGCGUGGUCCCCGGUCGCAUACGGAAAGGAAGUCUUUGCAUUCGUGUUCGACACAUCAGCAGGCGUCCAGCACGGGAUGCCCCUUCUCAUACCUCGCAUGAUCGAACGCGGCGACAAUCGAUCGUAUUUCCGCGACCAGUUUCCGGACGAAGAGGUUUUCAACGAAAGGUUCAGACAGGCCGUAUUACGGAAGUGCCGAGGUUCCAGCGAACCUCACGAAUUCCGUGAUCAGUGGGAACAGGAGCCGAUCUUUGUAUCAUGCGAAUUUGCCGUGGAUAGCGAUAGUAGUGAGGAUGAAGGGACUCAGGCCCCCCUUCACUUUGACAGCAACUGACACUAUUCACGCGACACCCCAAGCUGGUUGUUGUGCGCGAGUCCCAAAACCGAGGUGGCUAAUAUCUCCCCCUUGGACACAUCCUUGGCCGCAAGCUUAGUUGCAGGAAUGGAGCUGUCGAAAAAUGGCCAACGGCACUCACCACACCACUCGCAGUGCCUGAGUUGAGUAAAAUGGGCUGCUUACUUGGUGACAAGAUGUGCAGAUUGCACUGGUACAGGACAUGCACAGCGAGUGUAUGCUAGGGGAGAAAGACUGAAAGAGGAGGGCGUUUUGAAUAACGCGAGGCAGUCGGGCGACGUGUGAUGUGGACUACCUUCCACACGGGUUAUAUAACUGAUGUUUGUAUACAAUACCUACUUUGCUGUAAGGUAUU